AUGAUAAAACUUGGCAAGGGCGAGUUUUCAGAAUGGAUAGCCAAACUGAAGGACAAGGGCCAAGAGCUGUCGAGCCACGCCAGUACGUCAAGUGUGACUUUCUGCGAGUCUAACCCGAGCUACUUCUUGCCUGAGGAUCCGCUGCGAAUCUUUGUGCGCACCCGCAACGUGAAAGCGCUGACAGCCCAUUUGUACGAAAUAAAGACCAUGGAGUACUACUCGCGUCUACGCCGUGAGAUCAAAGGCGACAUUUGUCUUGAUGGCUUGCUGCCAACUGAGGAGCAGGUGAUUGAUCUGAGUCACUUGACGCCAUGGCAAGAAGCCCGGGUCCCAAUCGCGUUUCUCGCUACGAAAAAUGCUCAGCGUGGUGUAUUUGUGGUGGAAGUUUUCGAGAAAGGAAUAACUUGCAGGGCAAUCUUACGCAAGGGGUUUCUCCGCCAUGUCGAGCGCAUCACGACCCGAGGACACGAAUUUACAGUACUGGACGAGUAUGGGAACCUUCUUCGUGACGCUCGAGCACUUGUACUCAACAUGAAGUCUGGGGGCAGCCGGGCUCAGCAUGGUCGCGAAUUCUCACCUGACGAUAACGGUGGCAUCAACAUUCCAUUCCGCCACCCGAAUGAGGAAAGUUCGACUGACAAGUUUGCUGUCGCGUUUCGGCUCGGGUCAUUUGGCAGUUUUCAUGGAUCCUUUUCUUACUUAGCCGAAGCAUUUGACGUGGACAUCGACAUGAACAUCGACAAUGAACAAUUACUCCCCGGUUCCACCGCCCAGCUUGUUGCGCGCCCACGUUUGCUCGUUGCAGGCAUUGCGACAGGUGAACCGCUUGAGUUGCUUGUUGAUGUCAAGCUAGUCGUUGAGUUUGACCUUGUCAAUACUAGCAAUGCUGGCUCGAGUUCACACAAGGAAGUCCUGUCAUUUGGCUCCAUGCAGCAGAUUGUAAGUCGCCCACCAUCUUUUGAGAUCCCCAUGGAUGCUGAGGGCUUCAACGUCACGCUCACUGCUCGUGUUUUACGAGAACGUGGCGAGAACCCGGUUGAAACUAGGGAUUUGCCGCAAGUGACCGACUCCAAACGUUUUGAUGUGCAACAGGUUAACGAUUUCGAUGGUACCUACACCGGUCAUUUGGUGCGAAGGCCACUUCAACCAGAAAACCCGUAUGGUCCAAGCGAGUUUCGCGUGUUUGUGCUGGGUCAUAACGGAGAACCAGUUCCGAACGUGCCCGCAGAUUUCAUCAUCAAGCAUGUGCACUCUAGUGAGUUAAUCAAGACGACACUCCAAGCAGACACGGCAGGGGAGAUCAAACUGGGCGAACUCCAAGAUGUCGAACGCCUAACGGUGGAAUUUGGUGCUCGUAAUGGCUCCACGAAGUCGUGCAGUUGGGAGUUGCCGAAUCUGCGCUCAUACCGACCGCAAAUUGUGAAUUGCUCGGUCGAUGAAACUGUGGAGAUUCCGAUCCCUUUCGCCUUCUCGAACAAAGUGGAGGCCUGGGUACAGGAUGAAUUAGUGACAGUGUGCGAAGUUGUGGAUGCUGUACUCCAAAAUUCAACGCAUUGUUCCGAGUUCGAAGUGGUGAAAAAUAAACUGGACUGUCCUGUUUCAGUUGCUGUUCGAAUCAGACAAGCUGGGAAGUACGUGAUCUACCUCCGACCGCUGAAUCUAAAGUAUCCCGUCACUGUGUGCGAGAAGAAGAACACGCAAGUAUCUCUACCGCUGGGCUUGAUCAUCCAGCCAACCCAGGUCCUUCUCGCCACGCGAACACUGCCUUUAACGAUUUGCUCUCAGGAGUUGAAAGCGGAAGGCGAAAAUAAACUGAUGCUGGAAGUUCAACUACGGAACGCUCAAAGGAACUCGACUCAUGUACUGGUAUCACUGAAGCACUUUUUGGAUAUGCGCUCUAAAAAAGUGAGCGAGGUGAUUGUGGCCGAUGGUUUGAAGCCCGUUACGAGUUCCGGGGUCACUCUGCCGCGAUUGUCGUUCCAUUCUGCUCCUCUCGAAAACGACUUUCUCAAGAUGCGCAAGAUUAGUGACGAGUACGCCUACAUUCUUCAACGACGAGCGUUGGUCUCUGCGAACCAGAACUCCUUACUCUUGCUUGGAUCCUCAUCGCUGUCCAAACCGUCGUUGCUCCAAAACCCUCAUGUUGUUGGCGAGUCAGACAUGGAAGUCGUGACUGUUGAAGCCGGGGAUAAGGUGACUGGAUUUAAAUCUGUAGCCACACACGGUAUUGAGUCUGGAGGAAGCUUGCGGAAAAAGAAGAUGAAGAAAAUGGGAUCUUCUCGGGGAUCGUCCGGACGUGCAGAGCUGGGGCCCAGUAUAUCGUUUGUUGGCCAACAGUCCUUGGUUGUAGCCUCAUCGGAAAUCAGCGCGGAUGGUCUCGUUCGAAUUGACUUGAGUGGUCUUUCCUUCUUUUCGGACCAAAAAGGGUCGUUUGAGAUCUGCACAAUCGCGUUUGACUGCGAAAGCGGAUACGUUUGUACACAGGAAUUGUCGAUGACUCUUCCAGCUGCGAAAAGUACCUUCGCGAUACCCAAACGUGAUAUUCGUCUGUCGCUCGAAGAGGCUCUUGCACCAACUGAGCACUUCCACCAAUUUGACAGUCACGAGUGUAUUCGUCCUGGAGAAGUGAAAUCUCUACCGCGUUCAUUUUCGAGUAAAUACGCCCUUUACGAAAGUCUGAAGAGUGCGAUGGAUCUGUGGCCAACACUCACUAGUGGCAGUGACGUUGCUGAGCUAACUGGGAAACUGAAGGGGUGGUGGAGUCUUAGUCCGGGAGAGAAGCACAAUUUCUACUACACGAACGCCUGUGAUGAUCUCCAUUUCUACCUCUUCCGGAAAGAUCCAGCUUUCUUCAAGCAAACAGCCGAACCAUUAGUGGCAGCGAAGAUCUGCAAGUCGUUAGUAGACUACUACGUCCUUGGUGACGAGGUCAGCUUACGGCAAUUCUAUCUCGGCCCCGCUGCAUUCCAGCGCUUGAGUUGUAUCGAGAAACUGUUGGUGGCAGAAAGAGUCACGGAUACGGAAGAAAAGGCUCGCAUCUGCCGAGCUGUAAUCAGCGAAAUUGAGUCCUCGUACCCUUCUGGCUGCUCAACGGUACUUACUGAUAUGUUCAACACGGUGUUGUCUCAAGAAACCACAGAGGUUUCAGAAACGGUCGAGUUUUGGCAGGAAGAGCCCGACGAUGACUUUGGAGUUAGAAGUCUGGAUAGUGAAAGUGGCGAAAAAAGCAAAACGGAGAAGAAGACCAAGAAAAGGAAGAAAGAGGUCCCAUACAUUCCACCCGGAAAGGUUCGCAAGGUAGAAGAAAAACGCUACUUCACCGGACAACGCCCCGCAUUGACAGGCUUAAACAUGUUCUGGAAGCAGUACGCUGAGCACAUACUGCGUCCUCAAACCGGGAAUGGGGGACGUACUCGCUUUGUGUCAUCGUAUUUUCCUGAGGCUCUGGGAUCCAUCACGGAGGGGCUAUUUGCACUAGGUGUGUUGGACCUCGAUUUCGAACCAAAGCCAACCCUAGUGCAGAUGUCAUCAUCUACUGGCACCCACGUCGCACUUUCCCCUGCGACCGAUGUCAUUCUGUAUCAUCGCAGUAUUGGUCCAGCGCAAUGUGAUCCCGCCAUUAACACUGUCCUGAUUCUGAAGCAACGUAUUCAAGACGAGAACGGGGAUACGAAUACGGAGCUUCUGGUGAAUACGGUGUAUACGACCGUUGUCACCCUGAGCAACAUUGGCUUCGAGAACCUCACAAACAUCAAUCUAUUACUGCAAAUACCGCAAGGUGCUCUACCGAUGGGUUCGAGUGGGUUUUACACGAAAAACGAGAUCGGGAAUGUGGCGCCAAAUCACACAAACGAGUUCAAAUUUUCGUUUUACUUUCCGGAGGAAGGGCUAUUCACGCAGUAUCCGGCGCGAGCAUCGGUUGAAGGACUGGUGAUUGGCUCGGCAAGAGCCCAAAACGAUGCCACGACGUACAAGGUCGUUCGGAAUGCUACCCGUGUGAAUUUGACUUCGUGGGCUGAUGUUAGCGCCCGAGGGUCGCUGCAGGAAGUCGUGCACUUUAUGGAGUCUGCGAAACGUGGGGUGAAGAUCGAUCACCAAAAGCUGUACUGGAGAUGCCACGAUAAAGCAUUUUACCGCAGCCUCGUCAAUCAUUUCCGAAGCAAGUUUUUCUUCGUGCCGGGCAUCUGGAAGUACGGGCUUCUACAUCGUGACGAGAUUACGAUGAAAGAGUUUUUCGCCAGCUUAAAGGAAUUGGGCCAGUCUGUCGGUAGUGGCUUCCACUCGUACUUCGUGGACGAAGCGCGACUGUAUCACAACGAACGGUUCGAAUCCUUAUUCGAGAGCUUUGAUUACUGCGAAUUCGGACCUUUCUUGACGAGACGCGUGCAUCCUGUGACGGGGAAGGUAGAUGCACAAGUAUCGUGGGGAGCUGGUACGACGACGACCAAAACGGCGGGGAAACGCAUACUGAAUGCUGAAGCCCGUCGGUACUUUGGAGAACUCUGCCAGAGACUGGGGACGCACACUGGAAUUGACGAGCAGCACCUGCUUGUUAUGGCGUACUAUAUGAUCCUCUUUGAUCGUAUCGAGAAUGGAAUCAAGAUUUUCACUCGUUUGGAGGCUCUACCAGCAAUGACUGAACUGAAAAGCACAGUGCAGUACGCCUAUUUGGCUGCCUUCCUCGAUUUUUUCAGGAACGAUGGCCAACAAGGCCGGAUGUUCGCCGUUGCUCGCCGUGCCAUUUCGAGUUAUGCGUCACACCCGCAGCCACGUUGGCGAGAACGCUUCCAGCAAAUGAAAGAGUUUGUGGACGAGUACGACGCCUUCGAGCUCCAGAGUUUGCGACGACUUGAGGAUAUGGAAGUCGUGGACACCACCAUGGCGACUGCACGCGGCGAAGACCCAACGAUAAAUACUCACCACGGAAGCCAAGUGAAACUGGAAGCUAGAGUCGGUGACGGCGCGGUGGAGAUAUUGUCCAAGUCUCUUGGACAAUGCGAGCUCUCACUUUACCCCAUUGACGUGGAGCUGAUGUUUUCCACGGAGCCAUUCAACACGUUUUCGGACUCUGCUGCAUCCGCAUCAAGUCUUCUGCUAGUCGAGCCUCGCCAGCAGCUGUCUAUUUCCCUGAACGCAUUCGCGAGUGACGAUGACUUGGAGAAGACAGUGGUGCAGAUUCCAAAUGAGCUGCGAGCUGCGCAGAUGAUGCUCAGAAUUCGAGAGGUUUCAUCUUCUCGCACUACGACCAGCGUUGCUCCCCCCAUUGAUAUCAUCCGUCCGUACUUCAACUCGAGCUUGAAAGUGGAAAUCAUGACACAGUGCGGUGUGCUGCAAGUUCUCCGAGGUGGGUUGCCGGUGCGUUCUUGCUACGUGAAGGUGUAUGCCAAGGUAUCAUCGACUGGCAGCCGCACAAAAACCGAGUUCUACAAAGACGGCUACACCGAUCUACUGGGCAAGUUCGCCUAUGUGGGCAUCAACGGAGACCUCAUUACGAAUGUGCAGAAGUUUUCCAUUUUGAUUUCUCACGAGCAGUUCGGUGCGGCCGUGGAGCUGGUUGAUCCUCCAGUGCUCGCGUCUACCGUCGGUGAUUACAGCAGCAAGGAAGAGCGCGAGUUGCUGCUCUAUUGA